UACAACAAGUUUUUUUUUACAUAUUAAUACAAGAUAGAUUCAAAUACAUAGCCAUAAUCUAAAUUUAAAUUCGUUUCUUUUUGAUUAUAUUCAUAUAUCCAAUUUCCUUCUACUUAUCAUAUUCGCAAAAGUGUCUCCCCUUUCAUUCAACAUUCUUCCUUCUAUCAUCAAACUCCCUUUACGACUACGAUUGCCACUUCAUAACACCAUCACCAAUGACAUCCUACUUCUCACGGCUCAGUCCGAUUCCAGGAUUCCCAGAAUAUACUGGACCUCAUAAAGUAGGAACAAUUGAUGUCGAAAUUCCCAUCUCAGAACUCGAUUCACCGUCUCAAGCACCAGGUAAUGUAGAAAAUAUCCCAACAAUUCAAUACCGAAUCUUCUACCCAUGCGAAGCGGAAUCGAAACAUAAAGGAAAGAGUGUGAAUUGGAUACCUGCGCCCCAGAGAGAUUAUAUAAGUGCAUAUUCGAGAUUUCUAGGAGCUGGUAGUACAUUGGCAGAGGUUAUCUCGUAAGUCGAGUGAUUCUUGGGACAAGGGGCAAAUGCUAAUAUAUUCCGUGUGAUAGAUAUUUCCCUAGACUUCUUCAUUAUGUUACAAUUCCCGUUCGCAAGAAUGCGCCACUCCUCCAACCAAAAACGAAUAAUAAUCGUUGGCCCGUUAUGAUAUUCUCGCAUGGCCUGGGUGGUUCAAGAAAUGCAUAUUCACAUAUAGUGGGAUCAGUAGCAAGUCAUGGCAUGAUAGUUAUUGCAACCGAACAUCGUGACGGCUCAACACCUAUAUCAUAUAUUCGAGAACCACUUUCCGGUGUUUCCGCAGCGGAAAAGGAGAAACUCCCGAAGAAACAGACAAAAAAGACGGUCGACUAUGUUAGAUUAUCACAUACUCCAAGUCCGGAAGUUGAAGAAGGAAGAAAUGAACAAUUGAAGAUUCGACUUUGGGAAAUGGGAUUGAUUCAUGAUAGUUUAUUAAAGAUGGAUGAGGGAAAGAAACUUACCAAUCUCAACACAUCUUCUACUUCAUUAUCAAUAUUCAGAGAUCAAAUGGAUGUUCAUGAACCUGGCAAAAUUACUUUUGCGGGACAUUCUUUUGGAGCAGCAACAGUGGUACAAUUCAUAAAAUCAGUUUUCUAUUCACCUGAGGCUUCUUCCGCUCCCAAAUCUUAUAAGCCGAUUUAUUCACCAUCUCCGAAUUCUCCUAUUUGCUCUCAAAUUACACCCAACAAUCCAAUUGUUCUCCUAGAUUGUUGGUGCUUUCCACUCCGUUCCCAGGCAACCCGCUGGUUAUGGAAUCAUCCUCUUCCAUCAUACGCACCCUCAGGUCCUGGUGGUUCUGCAAUCCUUGCAGUAGAAUCGCAAGCGUUCUAUAAAUGGACCGAGCAUUUUAAUGCAACCAAACGUCUUCUUUCUGCCGAUCCAUCUUCCCAUAAUCCAUCCAGUAAUGGAAAAUCAGAACCUCAUUUUUACUAUCCUACAUCGAGCGCACAUUUGAGUCAAUCAGAUUUCGGCAUUCUUUUCCCAUGGGUUACGAAAAAGGUUUUUGCAGCAGAGGAACCAGAAAGGAUUAUGAGAUUAAAUGUUAGAGCUAUGAUGCAAUUAGUUAGGGAAAGAGGAAUAGAAGUCGGUAAAACGUCUAAGAAAGAUUUGGAACUCGAGGGGGAUGGAGAGGAGACAAAUGAUGAUGUCAAAAUAUUUGGAAAGGAUGGAGGUGUUAGAGGAUGGAAUUGGUUGGGUAUUUCUGAGGAUGGUGUAGGGACGAAUGUAGACGAGGGCGAGGAAUCAGAAAUUGCGGAUAAGAAAUUGGAUGAAAAACAAGUUGAGGUUGGAAAAGGAGGGGAUGAAGGAGAAAUCAAGAAACCGAUGGAUAUCGAACCUGCGGAGGUGGUAAUGGGGAAUGAGGUUACUGCUGGUGCGGGAUCGAAAAUAUAAGCAUGAAUAAAUCAAGAAACGAUAUUUUUUCUUGUUAUAUAGUUUGGUGGUUCAUAUCUGGGCGGGAUUCUGAAGCGUUUGAAUAGCAAGAGCGUUUUGUAUUUUAUGGCAUGAAUCAUAGUUAGUUCAGUUUGGAUAUCAGUGUCUCUAUCUUGGGAAGUUACAGGAUCUAUUAGAUGAGUUAGGUAUCUCUGAUAUAAAUAGAUAUUUGAAAAUUGAAAAUUG